UCUCUGGAAUUGCAUCCUACAUUAUUGUUAUUCACAGACUUUAGGUAUAGACAAAAUGAACGCCGCAGUAUUGCAAAGUGUUUAUUCGUCUCUCGAGUCCAUCGUAGAGCUUCCGAAAACCACCAGGCUUUGCUCUGCAUGUCGAAUGCUAAGCUUUGAGGGGUUACAGAACGGAUACGAGCACCCAUGGGAUCAUGAGAGAAUCGCUCGAUCGGGCCAGGCCUGCCGACUUUGCCGAUUGAUCGUGUGCUCCAUGGGUAGGCUCCAAAUUCCCGAAGUAGACAGCUACAAACUGGACAGCAAAUACGAGUCCGCAUUACACCAACUCCGAACACUGCCAGCGAUCUCGCGCCAUCAGAAUCCUGUCGGGCUUCCUUACGAGACUUUUACUGUUGUAAAGAAGGUCACGUGGAGCAGAGCCAACUAUGUAGCUCCAGCAGGAGCUCAGGUCUGCAGAGGAAAUUUCAACCAAGGGGAGACCAUUUCGAUAACAGCCCCUCCAACCUCAAACUAUGCUCGAGACGGCCUGGUACCUUCGCGAAGUGUCGACUCCGCUUCAAGUCAGCCAAUAUACGACAAAAUUCGGAAGUGGCUAGGCGAAUGUGUUGCCAGCCAUAAAGAAUGUCGUAUCCAAGAGUUAGCUGACCCUUCCGAUAGAGAGGCGGCUUAUCUACCGACUCGCGUUAUCGAUUUGGGUCCUCCAGCGGACGGAUCGUGGAAACCACGACUUUUGAUAACAUCAGGAGAGAAAAAUCGUUUCGUAGCGCUCAGCCAUCGGUGGGGAAGGAACGAGAUACAAACCGUAGAACAAAAUAUCGAUGAGUUCCAGGCGAAACUCCCGAUGCAAAACCUCUCUCGUACUUUCCAAGACGCCAUAGAGGUCACAAAACAGCUUGGAUGCCGAUACCUCUGGGUUGAUUCUCUUUGCAUCAUACAAGACGAUAAAGACGAUUGGGCGCGAGAGUCUGAUCUCAUGGGCUAUUAUUUUAGUUCAUCGUAUUUUACAAUCGCUGCUGUGGGCGCGAAAGAACAGUCGGGAUGCGACCAGGGGUUAUUUGACUGUCGGGAUUUAGAUCCUUUGGCUGUUUCUGUGGCGCUUCCCCUUCGAAUCGAUCCUCUAUUCAAACUAUCCGAAACAGUCUUCAAGAGCUCCAAAGAGGCUUUCGUAUGGAAAUUUCGCUACCUCAAAUCCAGCCUCCCCUCCGAGAACAUGGUUACUGUCUGCCCUCGCAGAUUAUCGAUCCCAAAGAGGUUGAUACUUACCGAAUGGCAUUGGAGAGCAUGGAUCUUCCAGGAGAGGAUCCUUUCUAGAAGGGUGUUAUAUUAUACAACCGGUAAGUUGUAUUGGGAUUGUUUCCAAGAAAAGGGCGAGGAAGAGGGGACAGAUCCUCAAUUAUCUUAUCGUGAAUCGUUGCUCCUGCGACGUGAAGACCAACCUUCUACGUUGACCUUAUGGGGCAGAAUUGUGACAGAUUACUCAAGGGCUAAGAUGACGUACAACAAAGACCGACUCAAGGCUAUCAGCGGACUCUCAAAUCGGCUACAUCAUUCUUUUGAUGUCAUAAUUCACGCUGGCAUUCUCGAAGAUAAGACCUACCAGGGCCUCCUCUGGUUCACCAAGAGCCCGCAGGUUCAGCCAUUUCAAGACUUCCACGCUCCUUCAUGGAGCUGGGCGUCAGUCAAUGCGCCUGUUGUCACCGAGCUUUUCGGUACCCCAAAGUCUUGCGAUAUAUUGGCUCGGAACGUAUCAUACACUACCAAAGACGGGUGUAAAAACGGUGGUGAGCUAGGUCUUUGCAGUGGAACUUGUAUCUCUGGGGAGACACAUUUCGUGUCCGCAGGAAGGAUGGUGAAAAGGGGCGCAAGAUUAAGGGAAUUGAAGUUGGAAACACCAGAGGGAGAGGUGGGCUCCGAGGCUCUUUACAACGACGAAAUUCUUUCACACUUGCUCGGUACAGCAAACUUUGACGGUGUCGGUCCUAGCUUUUUUAUACCGCGAUAUGAUGAAUGUAUGAACAGACUAUUCUUCCCACGACCACUUCCGGUUCCAGAGCAUACCGAAACUGUGCUCGAUCAAUGCGGUUGCAUCAUUGGGUUCUAUAUUCCCGAUUCGGCGCGGGAACAAGACUCGGAGCGUUGGUUGUUCUGUGUGGCAAUAAAGUCCUGGGAUAAUUAUAUAGCAAGAGAAUGUGCAAAAGCAAGUGGAUGCAGCGGUGAGAAUCACGUUGCGCGCGAAAAAUGCAUCGAGGUCUUGGGCUUGCGAUCUGUUGAGGGUCACAAUGGAGUUUACCAGAGGAUAGGGAGAGGAAGAAUUAUUUGCAACGCUUGUUCUGAAAUCGACCUAAAGAUCUGGGGAGCAGGGCCUUGA